ACGCGCCUGGCCCCGGGCAUGGCGGACCCAGCGGCGGGCAUCGCGGGCUCGGCCGCCAAGAGCGUGCGGCCCUUCCGCUCCAGCGAGGCCUACGUGGAGGCCAUGAAGGAAGACCUGGCCGAGUGGCUCAACGCCUUGUACAGCCUGGGCCUGCCGGGCGGCGGGGAUGGCUUCCUGACCGGCCUGGCCACAGGUACCACCCUGUGCCAACAUGCCAACGCUGUCACCGAGGCCGCGCGGGCCUUGGCGGCCGCCCGCCCAACCCGAGGUGUGGCCUUCCAGGCCCACAGCGUGGCUCCCGGCUCCUUCGUGGCCCGGGACAACGUGGCCACCUUCAUCGGCUGGUGCCGCUCGGAGCUGGGCGUGCCCGAGGUGCUCAUGUUCGAGACCGAGGACCUGGUGUUGCGCAAGAACGAGAAGAGUGUGGUGCUGUGCCUGCUCGAGGUGGCCCGGCGCGGGGCCCGCCUGGGCCUGCUUGCCCCCCGCCUGGUGCAGUUCGAGCAAGAGAUCGAGCGGGAGCUGCGCGCCGCGCCCCCGGCCUGCGACCCCUCGGCGGCCGGGGACGAUGUCAUCGAGACCCUCCCUGCGCCCGAGGCCCCCACGCGUGGGCCCCGAAUGACACCCAGUGACCUGCGCAACCUCGAUGAGCUGGUGAGGGAGAUCCUGGGCCGCUGCACCUGCCCGGACCAGUUCCCCAUGAUCAAGGUGUCGGAGGGCAAGUACCGCGUGGGAGACUCGAGCCUGCUCAUCUUCGUGCGGGUGACGGCCGCAGGAAGCGGCUCCGAGGCUCACUUCUCCCCGAAAGCCCCGGGUCAGAGGCCUCCUCGCCAGCUCCCACCAGCACUGACCACACCUGCCCCCCUCGGCGCGCCGGUGAUGCCCCCCCUCUUGUUCCCCAACGCCAGGCCCCGGGACCAGCUGCCCCCCCUGCCCCGCUCCCGCCGCUACUCCGGGGACAGCGACUCCUCCGCCUCCUCCGCCCAGAGCGGCCCCCUGGGCGCCCGCAGUGACGACGCGGGCACCGGCGCCCGGCGGGAGCCCGAACUGGCUGCCACACCCGCCAGCCUCUUCCGCACACCCCUGCAGCUUGACCCGCAGCAGGAGCAGCAGCUGUUCCAGCGCCUGGAAGAGGAAUUCCUGGCCAAUGCCCGCGCCCUCGAGGCUGCUGCCAGCGGGACCCCCGCCGGACCUGCCCCCGACCCGGCUCGGGCCCCGGAUCCUCCGGCACCCGACUCGGCCUACUGUUCGUCCAGCUCUUCCUCUUCCUCGCUCAGCAUCCUGGUUGGCAAGUGUGGGCAAGCGGGGGACUCCGGCCGGACAGCCAACGGGAUGCCUGGGCUCCGCAACCAGGCCCUAUCCAGCUCCUCCGACGAAGGCGGCCCUUGCGUUGGCAUGGGGGCGCCCCUAGAUGCACUUGGGAGCCCCCUGCCGGGCCCAGAACCCACAAGGACCUGGGCACGGGGCCGGAUGGACACACAGCCAGACCGUAAACCCUCCCGCAUCCCCACGCCUCGGGGCCCCCGCCGCCCGUCCGAACCCGCGGAGCUCGGGGCCUGGCAAGCCCUUCAGUCUGUCACCCCGAGAGAUGAGCCAGAUUCCUGAAUGUGAUGGAUCAGUCCAGCUGCUCCCCAAAUCCACUCCUUGUUAUUUUCCUUUGUGGCCUUAACCUGCCCUUUGCAUCAGGGAGCCCCCUACAUACCAGACCUCACGGGACCAGACCCCUCGGGACCACGCGGCACAAUGGGACCUCUGCUGUACAUUCCGGUUGGGGGGGGAUGAGCAUUGCUAUUUAAUUACUAAUAUUAUUGAAUGCCUUAGAGGAGGCCGGCCCAGCCCGGUGUCCUGAGGACCAGCGGUUCAGCAGAGCCUCUGACAGUAAAGUUUUGCUCCAGCCA